AUCUUGAAAUCUCACAUAAAUGUAAAUGUUGAAUUUAUUUAUAUAAUCUAAUGUUCUUGGAGAUAUUUGAAUAAAAGUUGUAUACAAAAUGAAUAGUGCAAACCCGCAGCAUGUUGCGCAAGAGACUCCGAACGACCCCAAUCCCCUAGCAAAUUACCAAUUUUCACCUGACGAACUUCGAGUUUUAAAACAAUGUAACGUUGAAGCGUUUUUUGAAAGAUCGCUGCCUUUACUUACUAUUUUUGGGACUACAACAUACAUGGGUGUUAAAAGAGGCUUUUUAAGCCCAAGCGCUAAGUAUGGAGCAAUACCAAAAGUAUUAGGUGCAGUGGCUUUUGGAUAUUUUUUGGGAAAAUUUUCAUAUCAAAAUAAAUGCGCUCAAAAGUUAAUGCAAUUACCCAAUAGUAGAUUGGCACAAAUAUUACGGCAAAGAAAAUUCGGGGACUUGGAAAGGAUUUCUAUAGACAAUGCAUUAGGCACCAGCUUAACUACAAGUUCUUUAAAUAAGGAUGUAUAUACAGAUGGAUUCUCAGAACAAGAAAGUGUAUUGGACAUGGAUACAGACAGGCCAUAUCAAUCAGGUCUAGAUGAUACUUAUCGGCCAAAUAUGGAUUGGAAUGAUAGUUUGCACGAAAAUCUACCACCAACUACGCCACCUGCUUCAAGUACAACAUAUGAAGAAUUACGGAGGAAAAAUCGUGAAGAAUAUCAAAAAUCGAGGAUGCAAAACUAUAAAGGCUUAGUUGAAGAUGCUUCACUUGUUAAACCAAGAAUACAGCCCACAGAUGUACCUCCUAAACCCACAACUUCAAAUAAGUAUGGUGAUAAAUGGGAUUAAAUUAUAAUUGCAAGGUAUAGAAGUUGAAAUCAA